AAUACGCCGCCCAGAUAAGAUGUGUGUGAUUUCGGUGACACAUCACGGUUAAAAGAAACGGUUCAACCAACAGAAAAAAGAAACAUAUUUUUAAUGUGUGGUGAUGCUUGCUGCUGGUGUCUUUAACUUAUUUUGUGAUAAAAGUGUUUGUCGAAGUUGUAUGUGAAAGGGAAUAAGCAGAAAGCCGUGCAAAAUUGAAUACGUAACACUCAACCAGGCUAUAACCACCAACUUUUACCGCAGUAUCAUCAACCAUUCUGUGCUUGUUUUUUACGCAACGUGUGAGAAAUGAACAAAAUAGCAAAUAGAAUGGCAUCAUUUAAAGGACAUCAUUACCAACACAAACAGAAAAUAUUGUGAUUUUGUGAUUGCCUCGGAAAAAUUGUCGAUUGUCGAUUUUAUUCUGUUCAAUUCGAAAAUAUAAUGAUCGAAAGCACAGGGAGAUAGAGUGAGAGAGAGAAAGAGAGAGAUAGCAAACAAAAAUCUAUUUUUGCCUGAACCGCACGAAUGAAGAAGUAAAAAUAAUUAAAACAAAAACAACAAACCGUAAAAGCAAACAAUGAACAAUCAAAGAGCAAAGAAAAAUGUUAUCAAAAUGUUAACGGCGUAAUUACACUUUUUGCGUUUAUUAAUACAAAAAAAAUAUUUAAUCAAGUGCGCGCUCUAAAAUUUUCGGGUUUGUGUUUAUCUUGUUGCUGCUUUUUUUCCUCCUCUCUGUACGUAUACCGUGUUACCGUCGAAUGGCAUAUGACGCGGAUAAUAAUUACAGAAUAUGAAACGAGAAAGCGCGCAAAUAUUUAGACUAAUUUAUACGAUUGUGUCAUACCAUAUUUAACGAUUGUGAAAACAAAUAGAAAAUAAUAAUAAAAAAAAAACGUUUCACUGUGCAACAUUUUAUCGCUUUUCCCUGUGUGACCGUGAACAAAACGAAACACAACACACACAAAAUUGGACUCAAUUUACCGAUAAAGUAUUAUCAUUGACGAUGAUGACUUGAUUUAAUUGAAUAAUUUUAAUCAAAAGCGAUUCCAAAUAAUAUAACAAAAGAAUUGAAUGCAAAAAAGAGAGAACAGACACGAUUUUCCGAUUGAAAAGCUCAAAACCCCCCGCGCAUUCAUACACAAUUUUGUUUAUCAUUAUUGUCAGCAUUGUCGCGCUAUAUGUAUAAUAAUUAAGUCUGGAUAAAAUAACCACUUAGCAUAGCCUCUCCACAUAUAUUCGGUUCCACUCUACAUUCCACAAUAUUAUUGUCGGAGUGAUCAUAAAUUUAUUAAUAUGGCGAACAUCAAUCCCUGUGUUUAGUGUAUCGUAGAGCAAUAAAAUACAAGAUUCAAUCGAUUUGUUUCCGGUAGUCAGAAUAUUAUUAAUCUUAGUGAAAGUGUACUCAGUUGUGAUAAAACGUUAAUCAAAGUAAAGAAGAAGAGAAAAAAAAAUCGAAAAAAAUGACGAAUCAAACAAAUUGGAAUUCGCCCGACUAUUUUCGGAUAUUAGAUGAAGCAAACAAUAGUACCGGUUCGAUCAUUACCAAUCAAUCGUUGCAAUACCAAGUCGACGGCAGCAACAAUUCGGCGAAGCCUGGUUUCGAAACCGGCAGCAAUUUUAUGUUGCUAUUGGAGGACUUUGGGGAAUAUUUCUACAAUUACAAUGGUAGUGGCAACACCGGGAAUAACAAUAGUGUCGGAUUCGAAUUUCAAACGAAUUGCUCAAUCACUAAUUCCACAUGCGUCACGGAAGGAUCGACAGCACAAUACAGUUAUUGGGCAUUAAUCCUGUUGCUGUUUCCCAUUCUGACACUAUUUGGUAAUGUUCUAGUUAUUUUAUCGGUGUGCCGUGAAAGAAUUCUGCAAACAGCCACCAAUUACUUUAUUGUAUCAUUGGCUUUGGCUGAUCUUCUGGUAGCUGUUGUUGUGAUGCCAUUUGCCGUUUAUGUUCUGUUGAACAACAAUGCUUGGUCGUUGCCUGACUUUUUAUGUGAUUUCUACAUAGCUAUGGACGUAAUAUGUUCAACAUCAUCAAUUUUCAACUUAGUAGCUAUUUCGAUAGACCGGUACAUCGCUGUCACCCAGCCAAUUAAAUAUGCGAAACAUAAAAACAGUAGACGUGUUUGCAUAACGAUUCUGCUGGUCUGGGCAAUAUCGGUUGCUAUUGGAUCGCCAAUUGUUUUAGGGCUAAACAAUACACCGAAUCGUGUUAAGGAUCUGUGUUUAUUUUACAAUAGUGAUUUCAUUCUCUUCUCCUCGCUGAGCAGUUUUUAUAUACCAUGUAUCAUAAUGGUCUUUUUGUACUGGAAUAUUUUUAAGGCACUUAGAAUUCGAGCAAAAAAACAGAAGGCAGCCCGAAAACCUCAUCUAUCUGAGUUAGUGGCCGGCGGUAGCGUAAUCGAAAAUAUCGCACAAACAAGAAGACUGGCAGAAACGACAUUAGACAGCAGUAAAAGCGGUUCACGCAUAAUGCCAGAUGAAGCCCCAACGAACACAGCGUCCGGUUCAAACGAAGAGGAUGACGAAAAUGCCGCAUCACCUGUAGACGCAGACGAUUGUCAUGUCAUCGUUAACGAUAAGUCAACCGAAUUUAUGCUUAGUACCGUCAUCGAGGAGAACAUCACGAUGAAUUUCAGUGUGGUGGCACAGAUAACGUCCCCGUCGCAAACGGUUGUGGCCGAUCCAAACGGCAAUCAUGAUUCCGGCUAUGCUCCUUCAAAUGUUGAAGAGACACUAGCUGGUACAAGCACACCACCUGGCAGUCCUCGAAAUGCUGUCAGUGGUAGCACGUUAAAAAGUAGUCUAAGUAAACGGAACGGUGUUGAUGGAUCACCGAAAAAAGAACCAUUGAGUGUUGCCAUGAAGCCGUUAUCAUUGGUGCGAUAUGGUGUGCAAGAAGCGCUGUCAUUAGCUAGAAAUGAUUCGACGCUUUCAACGAAUUCUAGAGGGUCUACUAAGGAUAAGAAAAAUGCGCAAGCAUCAAGAGACGGCGAAGAACGAUCUGGUGUAUUUUCUAAAGUUACACAACAUCUUUCAUUCACGAUAUACAAAGUUCAUAAAGCAUCGAAGAAAAAACGGGAAAAAUCAUCAGCCAAAAAGGAGCGCAAGGCAACCAAGACUUUAGCUAUAGUUUUAGGUGUAUUUCUAGUCUGUUGGGUGCCAUUUUUCACAUGCAACAUGAUGGAUGCAAUGUGCACCAAAUUGGGCAUGGACUGUCAGCCCGGUUUUACAACAUUCAUACUGACAACAUGGCUGGGCUAUAUGAAUAGUUUCGUCAAUCCCAUUAUCUAUACCAUUUUCAAUCCCGAAUUUCGGAAAGCUUUCAAGAAAAUCAUGAAUAUAAAAUAGAAGACGAGGCGAAAACAAGGAAUUAUUGAGAGACGAAGUAGAAGUAGAAGAAAAACAAAUAGUGGUAAUGUGAAUGAUGAAUGUGCUACAUAUGUAUACGUGCAUGUGUGUAUGUAAAAGGUGUAACUAUAAAAAUAAUGUUAAAAUGGAUAGUAAACUGGGGUAAACGAGAAUAGUGAAUAUUGCAACAAAUUGAAUUUUUCUUAUUUUAUUAACAAAAUGACCCAGAUAAAGGGGAUUUCACGUAAGCGUAAAAAAAACGUAUCGCACCGAACGAACAAGCUGAUGGUUGGUUACAUUGUAAUCUAAUUUUUUUUUUCGUUCCCUCGCACAGUAUUUAAUAAAGGUAAGUCGUUUUUAUCACUUUAUUUGUAUGGAAUUCAAAAUUACUUUUUUUUUCUCUUGCUAUAUGUACACAUACCGCGAAGAACGCUUUUAUUAUUCUUCUUCUUAUUCUUUACCUUUCAGCUUUUAUAUCCACACCAGACCAUAUUACCAUGCUCAUUAUAAUUUUUAUGGAAAAAUUAUUAUUUUCACUGUUUCUCUUUAGUUGAAAUUGUUUCUGUUCGGUUGAGUUGCCUUCUAUAAAAAGCAUUUCGAAACUAUGUACAGUGGCUAUGUGACGAUGAACUUGUCGGUUCUUUUCCUUUUAUUUCAGAAAAUGUUUUCUUUUCUGUGAAACUUUUUCUCUUCGAAUUAUACUUCUUAAAAGUGAAGGAAAAGAUUUCGCAUUUUUACUGGUUACAAACGGAUGAACUAAAUGGCAUUUAAGGCAAAUGAUUUUUUUUUUAAAUUAUUAGCAAACUCAAUUUUGAUUUCAUUCUAUGAGGAAAUUGAGGUUAAUUUCGGUGUUCGUUCGAUUAGCUUUCUGGGCGACAAUUACGGAUGGUUUAAAUGGGAAAAAUUUCAUAAUUUUGCACCGAUUUUCGUUUUGUUGCCCCCAUGGCUUUAUGUGUGAAGUUUGUAGGAAGAUUAAAAAUUUUAUUGCUGUGCUAUAUUCAAGAAGGAACUGUGCAACAAAAAAAAAAAAAACACACACCGACUAAUGACUACAAAAUUUGGACUGAGUUUUGUUUCUAAUUGCUCGAAAGAAAAUAGUUUUCAAAACAGAUUUCACACCACAGAUUUUAGAUUGUCGAAUGAAUUAUGGGGACAAGCUUUACUUGAGAUACUUGCGUACACUACUUCUGCAGUAUUUGUUCGGAGAUACUUUUGUAAAUUUCGUGAGAAAGCGUCUCUCUGGAGAGUUCUUCAGUUUGAAUCGAAUCACAGAAGUAGACAAACAAAGAAUGGCCUCUAUUCCAAUUUAAAAUAGACAAAAUGCAACGGCAGCCAUAUUGCUGUGUUUACAUUGGUCUUCAAGGAAAAAUGUACGCAAUGACAUUCGCCCAUGGGACAACUGGGCUGGCCUGUAGAGGCGCCACAUUUUUUCAUAGUACUUCAUUAUCU